AUGUGUAUAUUGUACUGUGGUGUUCUUGGAAACAUUGAUCCAAUUGGACUGAAAACAUGUGCUAGCAUUCGUGGAUUAAAAUUUGGCACGGCAGGCAGUAUAAGAAAUACUCGAGACAAUGUCAACAAUGGUCAAUACAAUCAGUAUAUGAAGAAGAAUUAUGAGUUAUUUGUACCGGCAGGUGAUUUACAAUCUCAAAAUAUAUGGCUUGGUGAAAACAGUUUACUUUGGGCUAAUGAUCAAAGAAUUGCUCCUUGGUUAUUACGACAAGAGUCUUCGAUAUCACCGGAAAAAGCUAAGUUUUUGUUGAGUGACUACAUUCAUACUAUUGUCAGUCGUUAUAAAGGCAAGAUUACAUCAUGGGAUGUGAUCAAUGAAGCUGUUGAUGUAGAUCCGAAUAACCCUCGUCCAUUCAAUCUUCGAGAUUGUUUCUGGUACAGAAAACUCGGUCAAGAUUUCAUUAAAUAUGCAUUUCUUUUUGCUUAUCAAGCAGAUCCACAAGUACAGUUAUACUAUAAUGAUUAUCAUAUUGAAGAAUGGGGAAUGAAGUCAAGCAAAGUUCUUCAACUACUAACAUGGGUAAGAUCACAAGGAAUUCCAGUGCAUGGAAUAGGCAUGCAAUGGCAUACGGGUCUUUGGGUUACGCUUCGUCCUCAAGAUUCAUUUUAUCAUACUGCUCAAACAUUCAUCGACAAUGGAUUCGAUAUCAUGAUCACUGAACUGGACGUAUCUUUGACCAUGAAUGGCAGUGUACUUCAGAAUCCCAAUGAUUUAUUAAAACAAGCAUCAUUAUAUCGUUCUAUAGUGCAGUAUGCUCUAAAUUUUCGUCCGAAGCUUCGUGCACUAAUCACUUGGGGAUUUACAGAUCUCUAUAGUUGGAUUCCUCUGUUCUCUAAUUACACAAGAGGUGCUGCGCUACCAACUGAUGAGAACUAUCAACCAAAACCAGCUUAUUGGGAAAUGCAGGAAGAAUUGGCACGUGUUCUUCCGAAUGGAAUUUAUCGUUUGGUACCAGAGUCCCAAUCAGAUAAAUGUCUUGGUAUAUAUGAAAAUGGACACCCUGGUGAAGUUCAAAUUUAUACCGAACAACAAAAUAAUCCGAAUCAAAUGUGGAAUCUUGCUUGGCUUGGUGAUGGUUCAUAUCAGUUAAUCCCGAAGAGUCAUCCAACUUAUGCUCUUACUGCUCACCGUGAAAAUACGACAUCAAGUGGUGUAAAUGUGGAACAUUGGCAUAGUGGUAACAACCAGAGAUGGAUUCUUUCUCCAGUUACAAUUGAGACAUACCGUAUUGCGCCACGUACAGUUUGGCAGAGAGCAUUAUCAAUUGGAAGUAUAUCAAAUGUUUAUAUCCAUGAUUACAUAAAAAAUGCUGAUCAAAAUUGGAUGUUCAUCAAACUCUAG